UGGAUAUUGGAUGCAGAAGAUCUGCUACAUGAGGCUCUUGCGGGACGCCCUGAGACGGGCAAAGGACAUGCACUUUUCGGUGAAGAAGACCCUCUCUGGCCCCACUGGCCGAGCUUGGGCUCUCCACACCCGUCUGCAUGCUGCCGCACUCUUCAGGGCUGCUCAUUCGUAUCUGGAUGACGAAAUAAUAGAUGUUUGCGGGAGGACCAACGGGUACGUUGAGUUCAAGCUCCCAUUUUAGUCUGCAUUACCCCACAACGCCACAUUUGAUUCACCUAGCAGCGUGCCGGAUGGCAAACCUUGAUUCAGCAUCAUAUGUAUUCGCAUUGUUCUCUAACACGGUUAACGUGGAGCAAAGAGUGGCUACCUACUUCCUUCCAUGUGACAUACGUCCUUCGGCUUCGCAUGGACACCUUUCAGACGUGUUCGUGGGUUCUCUCGUCUCGGGAGUGCAGCCAUGUCAAAUGGCCGCUUGUAAACUUCCCGUGAAUCUCCCCAAUGCUUCCUGCUUCUUUAAGAAAAGUCAACCCCCAAAAGUUCUUCCCGCUUUCCCACUAAAGGUUUAUUACCUUAGUAUAUGUCAUUCCCAAGACCCAUUACUCGUAUGCCUUACGAACUGGAAUGCUGACAAGUCCAUCCAGCUAUUCUCUGGCAUCUGCACACGUUGACGGCACACCAAUCGCCUUUCAGCGAGACUCCCUUUCAUAAUUCGACACAGAAGAGGUGGGGAGCCUCGAGGCUAUCCGCGACAAUAAAAUGGUGCUUUCUUGAACCCCGCGUCGUCGCCAAAAGGUAGGCAAUGACUGGAAA